ACCGCUCCUUGCUAUCUAUCAACCAGACUAAUACUGUGCCUAUGCGCGCUGUGUUUUGGUUUUAAUCUGUUCUUUGAUUUGAGAUCUGUGUACGGAAGGAUGGAUAGGGCAGACAUAUCUAGUUUCACUGCUGAGGGAAUACUUGCAAAGGCAGCUUCACUUUCCAAUGAACCGCUCGUCCGUUCUUGGGAACUUGAACCAAAACUGAAAAGCCUGCAUCAAACAUUAGCCAUGAUUCAAGAUAUCACGCGUGAAGCUGCUGAGCAACCACAAGAUCCGCGUGAGGCAGUGGCGUCGUGGGUGCAGAAACUUAAAGACGUAGCCAAUGAUGCUGAUGAUGUCUUGGAGGAAAUCAACUAUGAAGUUCUCCGCCAUAAGCACGAAAUACAAAACCAUCUGAAGAGAAAGGUACUCAACUUCUUUUCACUCUCUAAUCCGGUUGCACUUCGUCUUAAAACAGCACUUAAAAUUAAAAGCAUCAACGCACUGUUGGUGGAUCUCGCCAGUCGGGCAUCUUCUAUGGCACUAUUUUCCAAAAAUAUAGAUGCAAGUUCUCAAGCAAUGAAAUCGAGGAGAGAAACCAAUUCAUCAAUUGGCAAUGAAAUCAUCGUUGGCGGAGAUGAUGCCGUGUCAAACAUAGUUGCAACCUUGACCAACUCAAAAGAUGAAGAAAAUCUUUCUGUCAUGGCCAUUGUGGGGAUGCCAGGCUUGGGAAAAACUACUUUGGCCAAGUUGGUUUAUAAUGAAGAUGCGAUAAGUCAACAGUUCGAUAAGAAAAUAUGGAUAUAUGUAUCCAAUACAUUUGAUGCCGAUUUAAUUUUGAGUCGAAUCUUAGAAUGUGUUAACUGCGGAACGGUUGAUAUACAAAGUCAGGAGGCAGUGCUUAAAAGCCUCCAAGAACAGUUGACGGAGAAAAGAUGUCUUCUUGUACUUGAUGACGUUUGGAAUGAAAAUUCUGAAGAAUGGAGCAAAUUGAUGAUUUGUUUGUCAGAACUUCAUUUUGCACGGGGGAGCACCAUACUUGUCACUACACGCAGUUCCAAAGUUGCAACAAUUACGGGAACACUUCCUCACUAUGAUUUGGGAUUUCUAUCGGAAGACGAAUGCUGGUCCAUAUUGAAGGGAAGAGCAUUUGUAGAUAAUACUGCUCCUACAGAUCCUGAUCUAGAGAAAAUUGGAAGAGAGAUUGCCAAAAAGUGUGCAGGUUUACCAUUUGUGGCAAAGGUUUUCGGAGGAAUGUUGCGUUCUAAGAAUGGUGCAGAUCAAUGGUCAGCAAUUCUACAAAGUAAAAUAUGGGACUCUCCAGAAGCAAAAGAGAUUAUCAUCUCGGAAUUGAAGUUGAGUCUGGAUAAUUUGAAACUCCCGUUUUUGAAACAAUGCUUCACUUACUGCUCAAUGUUCAAGAAAGGAUCUGAAAUCGAAAGGGAUGACCUAAUCCAACUGUGGAUGGCUCAAGGAUUUCUUCACCCCUCUUCCGAGAAUAUUGAUAUGGAGAUGGAGGAUAUCGGCAUUGAGUAUUUUCAUAUUUUGUUGCAAAACUUCUUAUUUCAAGAUCUUACGAAGGAUGAAUUUGGUGGUGUUGCCAAAUGCAAGAUGCAUGUUCUUGUGCAUGAUUUUGUAGAACUUGUAUCAAAAUGUGACAGCGCAACUUCGGAUUCUAAUGAGAUGGUCGGAACACUGAAGAUUCGACAUGCUUCACACAUUCCUACUUCGGUUUUGCAAUCAAUUUCGAAAACAAGUUCAAGGGGAUUGCGCUCAUUGUUUUCUAAUAGUGAAGUUCCCAGUAACAUGUUGCCAAGGUAUAGAGGUUUACAUGUCUUGAAUCUUUACGACACUGAUAUUACGGAGCUGCCUAUUUCAAUUGGGAAACUGAAGCAAUUGAGGUACUUAAACGUUUCUAGAACAAAGAUUGAAGCACUCCCCAAAUCAGUCGGCAAGCUGCAUAACUUACAGACAUUAAGAAUGGAGCAUUGUAGACGUCUGAAGGUGUUUCCUAUGGAAAUGGGAGAUUUGAUCAACUUGAGACACAUCUAUUUUGGUCCUGUCCAAAAAAAGAAACGUGCUAAUUUUGGUUGGUACAGGGAAUCUCAUGUUAGGGUUGGGCAAUUGACUAGUCUUCGAACCAUGCCUUAUUUUAUUGUGAGUCCUGAUGGAACCGGUCGUGGAAUUGAGGAAUUGGCUGGCUUAAACCACUUGAAAGGUGAGUUGGCUAUUUAUGAUCUGGAACAUGUGAGGGAUGGAGAAGAAGCGAAGAAAUCAAAUUUAGUUGGGAAGAGAAACAUACGAAAGUUAUCACUUAUAUGGGGUGAGGAAAUGAGGCCAUGCAACAACAGUGAAGAGGAUGUUCUCCAAGGCCUCCAGCCGCACCCUAAUCUUGAAAUUUUAGAGAUUCGCAAUUUCAUGGGUGCUCAAUUUCCAUCUUGGAAGCCACACAACAACUUGAAAGAGAUUCGAUUAUUUCAGUGCGAUGUAUGUGGGGAAGCCCCUAUGCUUGGCCAUCUACCUAGUCUUAUGCAUCUUGAGUUUAAUACAAUGUGCAAUCUAAAACGUUUGGGAGAUGAGUUUUAUGGCAUUGAUGAUGCAAUGAAGACCAAGGCUUUGUUUCCUACAUUGAAGACAUUUAGAAUUAUUGCGGCCCUAAAUCUGACCGAAUGGAUUGAACCACCAGUGGUGAAAGAAGAACAAAUAUCGGUGUUUCCUUGCCUUGAGGAGUUGGAUCUCGUGGAGUGUCCACAAAUAAGAAAAUUUCCUGAUCAUUUUGCAUCCCUUCGUAAGUUGGAGGUGAGUAUUUGUCACGAGCUAUCAAACCUAACAAGUCUGGUAGAAAAGUGUGCCUCUCUUCAGAAUCUGGAAAUAUGCAGCUGCGACAAACUCAGAUCCCUUUCAUUAUUUGGUUUGACAUCCAUCCGGAAAUUGUUGUUUAGUUCACGUGGUGGUAAAUUAACAACAACCAGCCAGCAUAGUGGACCAGAAUUGUACACUGGAGUUUCUCUUGAGGAGUUGUCCAUAAAAUGUCCAUCUCUUGAAAAUUUGGGAAUAAGCCGCUGUGAUAGUCUGAUAUCCAUUUCAGUUCACGGUGUAACAUCCCUUCGAGGAUUGGAGAUUAGUUCAUGUGGUGGAUUAAUAUCAAUGGACCUGCAAAGUCUACCAGAAUGCUAUAUCCCUCUACAGGUGUUGUCUUUAAGGUCGUGCAGAAGUCUAGAGUCAAUUUCAGGCUUACACGGAUGCACAUCCCUCCGUGAAUUGACCAUUGAAGAUUGUGAUGGACUAAAAACUUAUGGGCUUGAAUCUUGCACUUCUAUUCGUGCACUGGGUGUCGACGAUUUUCUACAAUUGAGGCAGCAUGCAGCUGAUGGGUUAGACAUGUCUCUUAUUGAGGAGUUGACCAUUUAUAAAUCCCCCAAGUUAAUAAGCAUUUCAAAUCACGGUCUAACGACACUCCGCAAACUGGUACUUAUUGCAAGUUGUGUACCGGAAUUGUCUAUCGGCAGCAGUACUACACUGGAGGAGUUGUCUUUACAGGAUUGUACAUCCCUUGGUUCAUUCUGUAUCGACAAAUGCGAAUCUCUGAGGCAUGUUUCGGUUGAUGGGCUAGAAACACUCGCUAUUCUUGAGGAGUUGACUAUAAGGAAUUGUCCUAGUCUAACAUUCAUUCCAAUCAUUCCAUGUCUUCGAGGAUUAGUGAUUGAGGGUUGUGAGAAGCUUUCAAGUUUGCCGAGUGGGUCGAAACUUGAGAGGGUUAAAAUAAGUGGUAGCCCCAACCUACCAUCCAUUCCAAUCACACCAUGUCUCCGAGAAUUGGUGAUUGAGGGUUGCGAGGAGCUUUCAAGCUUGCCGAGUGGGUCGAAACAUUGCGACUCACUUGAGAGGGUUAAAAUAAGUGGUAGCCCCAACCUACCAUCCAUUCCAAUCGCACCAUGUCUUCGAGAAUUGGUGAUUGAGGGUUGCAAGAAGCUUUCAGACUUACCAAGUGGGUUGAAACAUUGCAACGCACUUGAGAGAUUGAAAAUAAGUGGUAGCCGAAACUUAGUACGUAUUCGAAUUUCAGAUGUAUUCCCGCCAUCCCUUGGGCAAUUUAUAAUUGAAGAUUGUGCUCAACUAUUAAGCCUGAAAGGCCGUCAUGAAUCUCUUGAGGAGUUGAGUAUUGUGAAUUGCCCCAUGCUAAGAUGGAGUUCAGUUGCCGAUAAGGGGAAGAGUCUGACCGCCCUCCGGAGAUUGGUUAUUGCAAGUUGCAGCGGACCAGAAUUGAACAUUGACUCUAUCAGUACUCUUGAGGAGAUUUCUUUACGCGAUUGCACCUCCCUUGUCGUGUUGGAAGUUUUGUGGUGCGAUAAUUUGAUAUCUCUAGCAAAUGUCGAUGUAACUAGCUUGCAAUCUCUGUCCGAGUUAAGUAUAGAUUCUUGUGAGAAAUUACAAUACUUGCCGACGGGUCUACACACUCUGACUCGUUUGAAGAAAUUAUCGAUUGGUGGGUUGUGGGAGGAGCUCGAUUCUUUCCCGGUUCCGCAAAUUCCAUCAUCAGACUCGUUAGAAUUCUGCGGGUGGCCUAAGCUCAAGUCUCUGCCUCAAGUAAUUCAUCACUCGACUAGUCCUGUAACAAAGCUAACAAUAGAUCAUUGUGAUGGGCUGGAGACUCUUCCAGAGUGGUUGGGUGACCUUACAUCUCUUACCCAACUGGGGAUUAACAAUUGCAAGAAUCUCAAGUCUCUGCCUUCCGCCCAAGCUAUGCAACGCCUCACCAACUUAAAACAUAUAUGGAUUGAUAAAUGUCCCUUUCUGAAGGAAAGAUGCGCCAGGGGUACAGGCACAGAGUGGCCCAAGAUUUCUCAUAUUCCGGUAGUCACAACACACUGAGCAAUUAGUAUGCGGCUUGUGGAGAUUGUAGGACAUCAGAAGCGAAGUUAGCUUAGGAGCUUAGGUGCAACUCAGAAAAGUUUGUCUAUGGAUCCUUCAUCAAUUUAUGGACAAACAAGCAAUUUUACAGUCAAAAUUUGGACUGAGCAGUGCAGGUGACAACACCUGACUGUCAGAUACGGCUCCUUUCUUCCUUCAGGAUUGAAUCAAGCCUCAAGGCAUUACAGGUCUUCCUUUGAAGGGUUGGCCUUUAACUACUACAUACUACAGGGAAUCAACCAAUACGACAGAAUUUGGGUGUACAAAUGCAGAAGCCAAAUCUUCAGACCCAAAUCAGUUCUUUUUGGCAUCUCAACAACAGCAGGUUUUGGCACAAGCUCAGGCACAAAAUAACGUUGGAAGUUCAACAAAUUAUGGAGAUAUGGAUCCUCGCAGAUUUUCUGGACUGCGUAGGGGUAGCUUGAAUGCAAAAGACGGCCAGUCUACCAGAAAUGAUGGAUCUAUGUCCUCUCCAGUUUUAUCAAGUUCACCAAAGAUAAAAAUGGCACAGAUGCAGCACCCUUCCUCUCAACAGCAUGAACAAUUGCCACAGUAGCAACUGCAACAGGUUGUGCAUAAUUAUGCAGACUUAAACUUUGUACUCUUUCUGUAUGUCCUUGGUUAGGGAUCCAAGUUAGUUAUCACAGAUGUUCGAUUUAGACCAAAUUCAUCUCACCUGGCAACAGCUUCAGUUGACAAAUCUGUACGAUUGUGGGAUGCAGUCAAUGUAAUUGUCUUUACUCUCUUUUAUGCAUGGUCUGAGCUGAUACAACCAGGAUGUACCUCAAUACGUUUAUAAUUUCAAGAUUUUUUUAUUCAUUUGUAAUUUUUAGUUGUUAGAACGUUCUAACGUGCAUUUUCAUUGUAGCAUUGUUGACUUAUUAAUCUUAUCGUGGCAGCCAAACUAUUGUUUACAAGCA